AUGGUAUCUACCCGCGCUAAAUCUAACGCCCCCUUGCUCGCCGCUACCGUCGCCGCCGGCACCAAUUCUAUGGUGCAGGCCAUGGAUGCACUCUCACCACCUACCAUGGGACCUGGUGAGAUGGUGUCCGAUGAUAUGGAGGUGGAAAUUCACGAUUUGACCUCUCCGCGGGUCGAUUUCGCCGAUUUCCGCAACCACGGUUUUUCGCGCGCCACCGCAGCUACCGCCGCCGCCAUCCGUGCCGCGCCUAUGGAGAGUGUGUUGUCAGCCUCAUCACUGUCCACUGGAGCCUCUGAGGCUGUUCCCGGCACUAUGGACGUUGAAAUGCGCGAUUUGGUGUCGCCGCAGGUCGUUUCUGGUGGUGCCGCUGGGUCGUACUCCGUCGCCGCUACCACCGCUACCGCUUCCACGAAUAAUGUGAGUGAACAUGCCAUGGCACCACCUACCUCUGGGGCAUCCGAGACGAUAUCAAGCGUCGCGUACGACCCAACCCUCGACCUAAUCUCGGCAUCGACCGCCACCGGUGUUCUUCGCGGCUCCUCGCUGUCAAUCGCCACGGCUGCUGCCAUGACCACCGGCGCUUCGACGUCCAAGGCGAGUGUUGUGGCACCCUCACGACCACCCACGGGAUCCGUGGCGAUGGUUCCUGGCGCCACCGAAGCCGACACCCACGAUUCUGGGUCGCCACAGACCGUCAACCGGGAUUUCCCACCAACUCGCACGUCGUCCGGGGCCAACGGCCAAACCAUCGACAGCCGCCACCCUGUGCCGCCACCAGCCACGUCUCCCAGUCGUCUGGGAGCUCCUGGAUCGACUGCAACUGCUCAACCCCGCGUGGAGCCUCGCAGCCGUGAGUCCGCCUACGCGGCUACAGCUACCUCGCCCCCACCAACGUCCGACCCGUGGACCGCCUUCGCUGCCAAGCGUGUCGAGGCGACCAAGGCGUCACGGACGAAGGAUGUGGGCACGUACCGUCCGUCCAUGGUCGAUCUGGAGCCGCUACUUGCCAAGCACGCUGCAGGCACUCUGUCCUUCCACGACACCUUGCCCAUCCAGAAGCACGACAAGCGCGAGGUCGUCGGAUGGCUGCACAUGGCUACGGGCAACCACACCAAGGCCAUCAACGAGGAUGCCGCCAUGGC